AUGGCCUUCCCAUCUCCCCGCCGUCCGAUACAUCAACCCCCGCGCAGACCUGAACAAACCAUCCUCCUCCUCCUUAUCGCUUACCGUCUUGUCAAUGCUUUCGCCGUGCAAACCUUCUUUCAGCCAGAUGAAUAUUUCCAAUCGCUAGAGCCCGCUUGGCAAAUUGCCUUUGGAGAUGAUCAAGGGGCCUGGAUAACGUGGGAAUGGAGACACCAACUACGAUCCUCGCUACACCCCCUCCUGUUCGCCGCACUUUACAAAAUUGCGGCUUAUUUCGCGGCCGUCCUUCAUGUUUCCCCUGCGACGCGUGCUGAACUCCUCAUUGCAGCCCCGAAGACAGCGCAAGCCGUUAUCGCGGCUAUCGGCGAUUUCUACACCUGGAAGCUCGCAGUGCGCGUGUACGGAAAUGACUCCCGCGGGGCUUGGGCAACACUGGCUGCGACAGUCCUAAAUCCCUGGCAGUGGUUCUGCUCCACCAGAACGUUGUCCAAUUGUCUCGAAACCACCCUGACAAUUGUCGCACUAGAGCUAUGGCCAUGGAAAUGGACCAGACCUUCAACCGACCCUAGCCCUGGAAAGCCCGCCUUAAAGAAGGGGCCAGAGCGCAUGAUCAGGGCCGCCGCUGACGCAUCUUGCAGCCUCCACCAAUGCUUGCCACUGGCAGCACUGGCCUGUAUCUUGCGGCCGACAAAUGUUCUUGUCUGGGCAACUCUGGCCAGCAUCGCUUGGAUGCGGACCACUUGGGCCCAGCGCAGAAUCCUUAUCGUUGAGGUCGCCAUUUGCGGAUCGGCGAUCUUAGCAGUGUCCUCUGUUGCAGACCGUCUGUUCUACGGACUCUGGACCUUUCCGCCGCUCAGGUUCCUUUACUUUAACAUCGCGCAGUCACUGGCCGUCUUCUAUGGCAGCAAUAAUUGGCAUUAUUAUGCCACAGAGGGCUACCCACUUCUGCUGACCACAUUGUUACCCUUUGCGAUCGUUGGACUGUAUCGCACCCUGAAUUCGCGCAAUUCUCUCGUGGGAGACAGCCUGCAGUCCGCGAUUCGGGUCCAGCUGGCUACAGUAUGUGUGGCAAUGCCUCUGGCUCUUUCUUUCAUUUCGCACAAGGAAGUGCGAUUUAUCUACCCAUUGCUACCAUUGCUUCACAUAUUGGCUGCACCCCCGUUGGUGCAAUUCUUCUACCCGGCCAUCUACUCUCGGCCUCACCCAACCGAGCCCCGCAGACUGAUUCUGAUCUUCCUUGUGCUUGUGAAUGUGGCUGUAGCUUUUUACACCACCCUCUAUCAUGCAACCGGGCCAUCAAAGGUCCUUUCCUACCUUCGUGGGCAACAAGAGAAACACGGCCUGCAACCCACAAGAUGGGGCCCAGAACCUGUCAAAGACGUCGGCAUCAAUGUAGGCUUUUUAAUGCCAUGCCACAGCACCCCCUGGAGAUCCCAUCUUGUAUACCCAACAAUCAACGCAUGGGCUCUAUCCUGCGAACCACCAAUUAACAUGAACGCAACCGAAAAGGCCACAUAUCGAGACGAAGCAGAUCAGUUCUACGACAACCCAGCAACUUUCUUGCGCGCCAAUAUGGCCGGUGGUCUCCGAUAUCCCCCCAAUACUCCCAGCUACAAGCUGAGGGAAGAAAGUCCCGAGCCACAUCUGUACGACUGGCCAGACUACCUCGUCUUCUUUGCUGCGCUUGAGCCAACCCUUCGCCCGCUCCUGCGCCAUUCAACCUACGACGAGUGCUGGCGCACCCACAACACCGAUUGGCACGACGAUACGCGGCGUCGUGGCGACAUUGUUGUCUGGUGUCUGGAUUCGCAGGAGCAAGACGACUGGCGCGAGCAACAAUCCCGUCUCAUCCAGCAGAGUCGAGACAAGCAAUUUGACCGCAUUACAGAAUCUUUCAGGAAGCAGGCGAGCAGGCAGCAAAACAGUGGAUGGAGAAGGUUUCUUCCUUCGUUGUUCCCACCAUCACCUCCAUCCACGUUUGCUUCAUGGCGUCGCUCGGUCCAAUCACUCUUUUCUUGGAAUUCUUCCAAGUCCUCCUUUUGGCCUUGGAGACAGAAGUCGCGCUGGGAAAUCUUUUUAGAUAACUUUGGAUAUGGCCAGACCUCUUCUUGGUGGUCGGGGUGGGUUCCUUUCUGGAACAAGAAACGUGUUCCGACUGAGCGAGAGUUGUUUUCUUGA